AGAAACUCAUGGGAAAGAACAUGGAACAUGCCCCUUCUUGGCAGGUGAGAUGGGUAAAGGCAGGAUCACCGUAAAGAAAAUGAGUGAUCGCCUUCCCCGGAAUCCUGGCCGCGGACGCGUCUUCCGUCGAGAAGAGGGCGAGUCUAAAAUCCCCCGCAGGGAACAAAAGGCACAUGCCGUCGUUCUCGAGAUCGGAUGCCUCUGCUAUCAAGACCUUCUUCCACUUAAAAGAUACAUCACCACCCGCCGCUGACGCCUUGCUUGACACAAUGCUGCGGGGCGCCUCGACAGUCGCUCGGCGCUGCGCCCAUGCGCGCGUCAUGCGAGCCCCGACAGCAGCGAUGAGCACGUCGGCGAUCCGCCUGUCGGAUUCGAGUUCAAGCUCGAGCUCGAAUUCGAGCUCUCACCUGCCCGGCUAUCCCUCGUCGCCAUUCCUCUCCUCGCUAAAGGACUCGAUCUUUGACUCUGUCCGAACGAGCACUUCGCCUGCGAACAAUCCAUCAAAAUCAUCGAUCCCCACCUUCCGGCUGCUAGACUCGCACGGCUCGCUCCUCGAAGGCGUCUCCGAGGAGUCGCUUGAGCUCACAAAGGAGGAGGCCGUCAAGAUGUACGAGCACAUGCUCCUCCUUCCCGCCCUCGAUGUAAUUCUGUACAAUGCGCAGCGACAGGGCAGGAUCAGCUUCAUGAUGACCAGCCACGGCGAGGAGGCGGCCAUCAUUGGCAGCGCCUCGGGCCUUGGCGCGCAGGACGAGGUGUUUGCGCAGUACCGCGAGAUGGGCGUGCUCCUCUGGAGAGGCUUCUCGCUGGACCAGGUCAUGAGUCAGGUGGGUCUGACGAUCAAAUCUAGCUCCUGUCAGUCCGUAGCCAUCUCACCUCGCCUUCUCCUUGUGUGAUGAAUUCCAGGUCUUUGGCGCCCAUGACGACCUGGGCAUGGCCCGUCAGAUGCCGAUCCACUUUGGCUCCACGGCCCACCACUUCCACACCAUCUCGAGCCCCCUGGCGACGCAGAUCCCGCAAGCGGCCGGCUCGGGCUAUGCACUGAAGCGGACAAAGGGCCGCGAGGACGACGUGGCCGUCUGCUUCUUUGGCGAGGGUGCCGCGAGCGAGGGCGACGCGCACGCGGGCAUGAACAUGGCUGCCACGCUCAAGUGUCCUGUCCUGU